UAAAGUGCCAAGUUUUUUACUCAUUAUUUCGUUUAAGGAAAGCUAAUAUAAAAUGUUGGGAGUUACAAAUUAUACCACUUUCGAUUGCAUUAUAAGUAUAUUUAUUUAUAUGUAAUAGAAGAGGUCUAUGGAAGUUGAAGACUUUCAUUUGGGUUAUUCUUUUUGCUGACUUAGAUAUCGUUUUGGACAUUUUCCAGUUUCUGGACAGUGUUUGUUCUUCUUCAUGCAUGUAACGAUUCAUUUCAAGAUUUCUCUUUCUUUAUGCUGUUUAUAGUCUCGGUCUUUGAAAGAUUGUUUCUGGUAUGAAUAAGAUAUAGUAGGGUUGAUUGGUUGGUGAAUGAGAACUCAGACGAUGGGGUCUCAAGGCGGAGCAGUCCAAGACCCCAAGUUACAGUCUUUGACUAGGCAAGGCUCCUUGUACAAUCUAACCCUUGAUGAGGUCCAGAACCAGCUUGGGGAUUUAGGAAAACCAUUAGGUAGCAUGAACCUUGAUGAGCUUCUGAAGAGUGUGUGGUCUGCAGAAGCUAAUCAGGCCACUGGAAUGGGUGUUGAUAAUUCAAGCGCUCAGGCCAGUCAGGGUGCCUCUGCAUCAUCUUUGCCUCGGCAAGGGAGCCUUACAUUGUUCACUGAUCUUAGCAAGAAGACUGUUGAUGAGGUUUGGAAGGAUAUUCAACAGAAAAAGAGCGUCGACAAUGAAAGGAAAGCGCAGGAUCGACAUCCCACUCUUGGCGAGAUGACCCUUGAGGAUUUCUUGGUGAAAGCUGGUGUGGUUGCCAAAACUCCUUCAUCCCAGAAGGGCGUUGGUCCUGUUUUAGGAGUUGAUCCUAUUGCUCCUGCACAACAUGAUAUCUCACAACAUAUCCAAUGGAUGCAGUAUCAACUCCCUCCAGUCCAGCAGUCACAGCGCCAGCAUCAGCUAAAUUCAAUGGCUGUUUUUAUGCAAGGCCACUCGGUUCAACAACCUCUUCCAGACAGUGGGAAUCCUAUGUUGGAAGCAGCAUACUCUGAAAACCAAAUGAUAAUGUCCCCAUCUUCUUUGAUGGGUGCUCUCUCAGAUACCCAGACGCCUGGACGAAAAAGAGUUGCUCCUGAAGACGUGGUUGAGAAAACUGUAGAGAGAAGACAGAAGAGAAUGAUUAAAAACAGGGAAUCAGCAGCCCGGUCACGAGCAAGGAGACAGGCGUAUACACAUGAACUCGAAAACAAGGUCUCUCGACUAGAAGAAGAGAAUGAAAAGCUGAGACGACAGAAGGUUUGCGCUGCUUCUCAUUUGAAUUUACUUUGUUUUCGUGUUUUGUUUUUUGGUCUUCAUCAUUGCCAUCUUUUCAUGCUAUGUUGGUAUUAAAAUUGAUGUCUUGGCUACAAACGGAAACAUUUGCAAAGAACAAGAAGUGAGCUUGGUGCCACUACUUCAAGUAUUGUGGAAGGCAUUGGUUUCUACUAUUGAUUUAUCUAUUGUUUGCUGGAAUUAUGUGGUUUUAUUAUUGUUCGUUUUAGUGAAGUAUUAAGAUGUACUAAUAAGGGGAUCAAUUUCGCAAAUUAGUUUAAAUUUAGUUGCUCUUCUGAUUUUUCAAUUACAAACUAUCACCGUUGGAAAGUAAAAACUAUAUACAUAGCCACUACUAUGAAAUGCUUGAUAUUGGAAAGUAGAUAAAUGACUAGAGAUUUUGAAGCCAAUAGCUCCUCAUUUUCUUAAGUGCUGGCCAUCAAUGCUUUUGCAUCCUUGGACUGAGAAUAUAAAGAUGAAAUUUUAUAAACUUUCUACUGACUACAGACUGCUGUCUGCAUAGGUUGAAGGAAGAUAUUUAUGCCCUGUAAGGCAUACAAUGGACGUGAUAUUAAUUGUUUUCAAAACAACAUUACAUUUGUUAGUGAUCAUAAUAAAAAUAGCAAGGAUUUUGCUAUGCUUCUGAGACCUUUUUUUUAUUUAUUUUUCCUUAUACCGUGGCAUCUGGCUACGUUAGACCACCAUUUUCAUCCCUUUCCCCACUUCUCCAGAGAACCAUCUAAGUUUUGAGAUUUUGAGGAUAUUGCAUCUGGGAUUUAAGUUUCAGAACUGCUUCAUAUAAAAUAAUUACUUGAGUUUGUAACCAUGAUUUUUGUAGUUCUGGUGAACCUUACAUAAUUUUGGCUGUUUUGCAGUUUCUUACUGGAUUUAUUAAUUAAACAAAGAUAAUUUUAUUUUUAUUAGCUUACGAAGAUCUCUAGGUAAAACUAAUACAUAUUAUUAUAUUAGACAGAUUGAUUUUUCGUACAAGAAUAAUCAAGAAAAACCAUUGUUUUUGUUAUUACUACUUCUCUUGUAGUUGUAGCCGUUAAAUUUAUCAUUUCUAACUCUUGAGCUGGAAGCCAUAACUUUGUGAAAAAUGUCUCCUGUAGUCACCUAGAAUAAUGAUGACUGAUGCCUUGCGAAGAAUAGUGUAAGACGGAAUAAACAGUAGGAGUUAAUUAUCAAAAUAUCAUCUUUAACUCCCUGAAUUUCUUUCUAUCAUGUUUGCUUUUCCGUUUUGAUAGUUUGGUUCGUUGAACUGGACUUUAGUAUAUCUCUACCUUGGACCGUUGGACAAGAAUGGAAGUAUUGAGAUAUUUCUGAAAACUGAGCAUUGAUAUCAAAUGUCAUGGCUGCUGAUGAUGAAACAAGGGGAAAAAUAUUAGUGUUCCUUUGUAAAAUUAAUUAUCAAGUAUUUGGUUAUAUCACAACAUUCUGAUCACAAUCAAUUUGUGGCAGUUGAUGAUUUGAGCCGUGUUGACAAGGUCAGAUGCUAGUGAAGCGUUUGACCAAUCAACAAUGCCCAUUCCCGUGAGACUCACAGGAAUAAAUGGCUGAAAUGGGACAUCAGCAGAAAUAGACGGCUGUACUUACUGUAAGUAACAGUCAUGAUGUCCUGCUGUUUGGUAGCACAGAUCUAAUGUAAGAGCUGAAAAUGCUUUACUGUACCCUUGGAAUGUUUGGCACAUCUCAAUUUGAAUAAUCUCACCAACCCGCCUAAACCACACAAAUCUUACUCUUUAAGUUUUAGUGAAAGGCAGAAAAAACAAAAUCUUUUCUUUUUUGGCAUGUAUGGUGCUAAGUUAGAUCUUUUGGCUUGCAAAUUUAGCCUUUCUAAUUACCUGUUAGAUCUCCAGAAAACAUUCUGUUAUUUUUAAUGGUGAGACUGGGCCAUACUUAUAUGCUGUGACAAUUAUCAUUAGCCUAAUUACUUUCUGAUUGUUAGUACACACCUAUAUAUUAAGUCCAAUAGUAAUAUUCUAUUGACCUUUUGAUGUAACAUUAACAAGUAUAGGCGCUGUUAAUAUAUAAUAAAAUAGGUUUUAUUUAGCUUUAUAUGCUGUAAAAUUUGCAGUCAACUCACUAUAUCGAUAGAAGUAUUUGGUAAUGUUGAGUAAAGAUUGUAGUGUAAGUGCUGCAUUAUCAUUUCCUUAUGUUUCAUAUGGUUCAUGUUAAAGGAUAAGAAGUUUGUAUCAUUUUCAUUUGCAUGGAAUUAUUUUUUUUUACUGAUUUUAUUAUAGUUGUCUCUCUCCCCCUCUCUCUUUUUAUAUCUAAAUAUAUAAAAACUUAAUCCUUGGUCUGUGAAUUAUGGUACGAGCUGUGUUGCCCUUUAAAAAUUUAACAUGAUGAAUCUAAAAUCUGAGUUGAUUCUAUGGGUGCAAUUAGCAACUUCUUGCAUGGUGAAAUAUCUUAUGAAAAGAAAUGAUCAAGUGAUUAACCACUUUCAGAUCUUCUUGUAGGUCUUCUAGAUUGUGUUAUUUUAAAUUUGCCAUCAGUUGAUAGUAAAACUUCACAAUGUAUUCUUGAUUGAGAAACUUGUGACAUCUUGCUACACAAAACUAGAGUCUGCUCCGUGACGGUUUUAUUCUGGUGGCCGUUGAAUCAAAACCAUUAUUCUUUUGUUUACCAGAGUUUUUUCUAUUAUUAUUCGUAUUUUCUUCUACGCUUAUAGUGUGGAAUUAGAUAUCUCUAACUUUCUUGUAUGCAUACGUUCUCUACUAUUUUAUAAAAUCUGUUUUAAACAUCUUCAUUACAAGACUCUUGCCGAUUUCGUUAGACUGCUUUAUGAACUGAAACAAUAUCACUAUCUGCAACUUUUGAGGCUUAAAAUAUACCUGAAAGGUUUGUGAUAUCACAGCUAUACUUGUACUAAAAAGAAAGUAGAUUCAUAUUGUAUUAGCUUAAGUUGAUAGUUUACAGUUUCUUCAAUAUACUUGGAAAAUAUCCUUAUGAUGUUUCUUGUGAACAGUACCCAAGAGAGAAAAUGCACGAGUUUAUUAGCGUUCAUAAAACUUCUAUUUCUCCAUAAAGCAACAGAUCUUUCAUUAUAUGGCAUUUGUCUGAGUAAUGAUAGUAUGUAUUAUUGCCUUGCAUUGGAUACUGACAAUCUGAAACUAGAUAGGAAUACUGAGUGUGGAGUUUGAGCAUGCUUGUUUAUGCUGUCACAAAUUCAUCCAUGAAUUAUUUUUGUCUUUUCAAACUACCCCUUUUCAUAAAUUGGCUUUCUUUUUUCAGGAGAUAGAGAAGAUGUUGCCAAGUGCACCAUCCCCAGAGCCAAAGAACCAGCUUCGCAGAACAAGCUCAGCUCCAUUCUGACCUCUUUUUCUAUAUUUUCCAUUUUUUCCUCUUUCUUUUCUUGCGUAAAAAAAAAUUGUAACUGUUUAAGUAUUGUGGUAAUUUCACUAAUAUUAACUAGCUGAACUAGUUUGGAAGUCUCUUGUUAAGUGACUUUUCUUCUUAAAUUUCCUUUUUUAUUUAAUUAUUUUCUUUUUUGGGGGAAAGGGGGAUUGUGGUUGGUAACGGUCAGGACUUGUAUUUGGAACUUCCCUUAACAGAGUUUUGUUAAUAUUUUCUUUUUGCUGGGUCGA